UAGAUCUAAUGAUCUGACAGAAUCCGUCCUCACUCCUAACCUAACGUUUAACCCAACACAGAUUUAAACGAUCGGAAAUAAAUGUCCAUUAAUUUUAUCUGAAUUAUGAGCAGUAAAGAAUUCUGUCUGAAUUGCGGGGAGAGAACUAACACUGCUCGCACGAGAUUAAUUAAAGACAACUGUGGUCACGAGAAGUGUCGACUGUGUUUGAUAAACGACGAACGAGGCUGCAAGAUAUGCUUACAAACUGAGGAGAAUGAUGCAAACGGGAAUAGUAAAUGUAAUAAGCCACUGGAAUUGGUUGUUCAUAAAUCAUCUACACAUCCUGAGGAGAACCUUGUAGAUAAUAAAUUUAUCUAUUCCCAUUCAGAACCACCAGAGAAUCGUGAUUCGGUACCAGGCUUCUUGUUGCACAAAAAGACAUCGUUUAUCGACAAGCGUUCUAUAUCAAAUGAUCCAGAGUAUAUAGUUCUUAUACCAGGAACACCACAUAGAUACAAGUGUAAUGGUUGCGGCAAGGUAUUCCGCAACAAGAAGGGAAAGCAUUAUCAUCGAGGAUGCAUCACGGGUCGGAAACCAUAUAAUUGUACUCUUUGUGACAAGAGUUUCGUGAAACGAAGUCAUUUCGAAUAUCACGAGCGGAUACACAGUGGUUACAGACCCUUUAAAUGUGAUCUGUGCGAUAAAUCGUUUCCUCAGAAGAAUAAAUUGAACAGGCAUAUGUUUACGCACUCUGGUGAAAAACAGUUCGUUUGUACAGAAUGCGACAAGAAAUUCGCGAAACGAGAAAAUCUGAAAUACCAUUUAGCCACGCACGAUACAAAUGAUAUUAAUAUCGCGACGUAUAGUUGCGAGAUCUGCGAGAAAACGUUUAGGGCAUUGACUGCCCUCAAACGGCAUCUUAAAACACAUACCAACGAAAGACCAUACGUGUGCGAUCAAUGCGAGAAGAGUUUCAAAGACAAAUCUCUGUUGAUUCGUCACAAAAGAAUCCAUGGAAAGGAGCGUCCGUUCUCUUGCGCGGAUUGUGUUCGUGUGUUCCUCUCGAAGAGCGAGCUGAGACGUCACUUGACCGUGCAUUCGGACGAAAAACCGUUCUCUUGCGAUUUUUGUGGCACGGUAUUUAGACGCAGAGACAAUCUCCGCCGCCAUAUCAGGCAUCAUCAUCCAGAAACUGCUACUUCAAGCGAUAAAAUCGAUAGUUCGUCAACAGUUUCGCCGACCAAUGAUAAGAAUGGUACCAGUAAUAUCCAAAACUUGCCUAAGCCGAUGACCAAAGUGCAGAAUUCGACGAAUACAACGUGUAAAACUCAAAGUUCAUCAUUGCCAUCGACCAAAUUACCAAAUGUAGGAAAAGCAAUGACGAAGACUCCGAGUUUGCCUAAAACGACAGCUAACAAUACCGGCGGGAAGGUGUCAGUCGUGUACAUAAGUUCCUGCGAUCAAAUUAAUUCGCGACUAGAUUCAACGGGGAAGAUAACUCCGGUUAUAAGGACCACCAACGAAGAAAUUAGUAAUAAAGUUUCUGUUAUCAAUGGACCGAUCAGUGCGGAGAGGAAUUCGAAGACGGCAGAUGCUAAGGAACACCAAAUAAGAAGGAAGGCGUUUAAUUAUACGGAACCAAUUCCACUGGCUGAAGCUGUGGUUAUUAAUAAAAGAAUAGAGGAAAAAUUGUAUCCGAACAAUGGGAUCAGUCACAGUUACUAUUUGAGGAAUUGCUUGAACUGUACCGAAAAGUAGUGACAUGAAUUGAUCUCUGAGUAAUUGAAUUGCGUACAUCUCAGGGCUGCUGGACUUGUAUUUGUAAAAUAAUUUUAUGCACUUUGCAAAAUAAAGAUUCGAUUUACAUA